AUGAUGUCCAUGAACAGCAAGCAGACGCACUUCGGGAUGCACCCGUCGCUCCCGGAGCACAAGUACACCACCCUGCAUUCCAGCUCCGAGGCCAUCCGCAGGGCGUGCCUACAGACCCCGCAGCUGCAGAGUAACAUCUUCGCCAGUCUAGAUGAGACGCUGCUGGCUCGCGCGGAGGCUCUCGCGGCCGUGGACAUCGCCGUGUCGCAGGGCAAGACGCAUCCCUUCAAACCGGACGCCACCUACCACACCAUGAACACUGUCCCGUGCUCCUCCAACUCCACCGUGCCGCUGGCCCACCACCACCACCACCACCAUCACCACCACCACCCGAACCACCUCGACCCCCCGCCGGACAUCAUGGACCACCUCAGCUCGCCCUCUCUCGCGCUCAUGAGCGGCGGGCACGACGGGUCCGGUGGUGGCGGCGGAGGUGGUGGAGGUGGAGGUGGUGGAGGUGGAGGAGGUGGGGGUCUGCUCUCUUCCUCGGCCCACGCACACUCCCACAUGCACGGCUUGACUCACCUGUCUCACCACCAGGCCGCUAUGAGCAUGAGCUCCCCCCUCACCCAUCACCACCACGGCCUCCUCCCGGGACACCACGGCGGUGGCCUGGGUAAUAACGGACUUCCAUCCAUCAACGAGUCGGACACGGACCCGCGGGAGCUGGAGGCCUUCGCAGAGCGCUUCAAGCAGCGGAGGAUCAAGCUGGGCGUGACCCAGGCGGACGUGGGGGGCGCGCUGGCCAACCUGAAGAUCCCGGGCGUUGGGUCGCUCAGCCAGAGCACCAUUUGCCGCUUCGAGUCGCUCACGCUGUCCCACAACAACAUGAUCGCGCUGAAGCCUAUCCUGCAGGCCUGGCUCGAGGAGGCGGAGGGCGCCCAGCGGGAGAAGAUGAGCAAACCGGACAUUUUUAACGGCGGGGAGAAGAAGCGGAAGAGGACGUCGAUCGCCGCCCCAGAGAAGCGGUCUCUGGAGGCGUACUUCGCCGUCCAGCCAAGGCCCUCGUCGGAGAAGAUCGCGGCGAUCGCGGAGAAGCUGGACCUGAAAAAGAACGUGGUGCGGGUCUGGUUCUGCAACCAGAGACAGAAACAGAAACGCUUAAAGUUCUCCGCUGCGCACUGA